AUGUCUGCUAUUACAACCAAGUUCGUUACAGACUACGAACUCACCAAUGAAAUGAGUCUCGAAGAGCUUAGCCGAUAUGCGCCAGAAAUACUUGAGCUCUUACCAGCUGAUAGAGAGAAAAGGCGUCAGGCUCGCGAUCGUCUUCAAAAAGGAUAUAACUUUAGUAAAGAACAAGCAUUUGCGUUGAUACCUUCUCAAAGAACUGGUCGAACUAAAAGUCAAGUAACCCCCAAAGAAGGAGGAGCAGAAGCGGAAGUGAAUAUAUGUUGUGCUAAAAGCGCCUGCCAAGUAUCAGAUAUUAUCCCAGAAGGAGAAAUCAUUAGAGAAACGGCUCAGCGUAUUAUGCGGGAUAGCCUUGGUGAAAAAGAAGUAAAACUUAUAGCUAAAGCAUUAGCCGAGACAUCCCCUAAUCCGGUUGCCUGCACAUCUAGUCUCAGUAGGCUCCGAAAGGAAUUGCGGAAGCUUAAUGCCCCAAAGGCAAUAAUCGAAGCUACGAAGAUUCCAGGGAUAACCACUUUAUCAAAUAAAAUCCAAAAGGAGAAGAGUUUAUUAUGCGAAGAUGAAGGAAUUCAUUAUCCGGACAACUUCUCGUUAGAAUCGGUUAAGGAGAGAUUGGAUUCGUAUGAUGUAUCUAAUACACCCGACAAACAGGCCCUAGCUGAUGUAAUGAUUAUGCUAUGUAUCCGUCCAGCUGAAAUUAAAGAUUUGCGUAUAUCUAAUGGAGGUGUAACAGGAUAUGUAAAAAACCGAGAUCAACAGGAUAUUCCUCGAGUGUUUAGAUCACUUGAAAAGAACGAGGAAUGGGCAAAGCAAUUGCUUACAUGGAUUCAGGAAGCAAUAUCUUCCAGACGGUUAGGAGACCCGGGGACACCUGGAACUGGAAUCUUGAGUAGGUUUCUGAAAAAAGCUGAAUUUCUUCCCGAAACUGGUAAGCCAUUACUUCCUAGUUCCUUACGUAAUUUAGGAGCUAUAUUUGCGGUUGUAGCGAGUGGGGUUAGGAAUCUAUCGAAAGCUAAUACUAUUGCUAGUCAAGUACUUCGACAUAGUCCUAAAAAUAACACUGUGCCAUCGCAGAGCGAGCAGGAAGUUAUUAGAUAUACGAAGAUAUUAGCCCAGGCAUUUGGACUAAACGAGCAGAAUGCAGAAGUAUAUAGUACGCUUUCUGGAGAAAUAAAAGCACUAACAAAAAGGUUGGAUCAUUAUUGUUCUCAGCAUAGAAAGCUUAAAAAGAGAGUUAAACCACUAGAAGAACGUGUAAAGUGGCUGGAUGAUAAUGUAGACGAACUAUUUACUAUGGAACAUUGCAAUUGUAAUAAAGAAUCCAUAAACACUUCGUCCGAGUCCAGUUCAUCUGAGGAAUUCAAUUCUGAUCAUGCACCACCAGAAAAGAAGGUGGAUCCAGGCAAAAUAAUAUGCGCGAAGAGAAAAUCUGACAAUAAGCAUAUAAAAAUGCAUACAAAUAAUUUACUUGAGCUUCUUCCACCAGAGUUGAUAUCAUUUAUUUUAAAGUAUCUUCCAGAUCUAAAACAUGCUAGCGGUAUAAAUGAUAUAUGGGAAAGAGAGGUGAAUCUUGAACGGCCCAAAAGGGUAAUUCUCACAGAUUUUCGAUUUAGGAUUGACAUAUGCGCCAAUGCAAAUUUCAUUAGUGAAAAAAUUGUGAAAAUAGCAUACGCAAAAGACAAUAGUAUUCCUAGAGUAUACGGGUUUCCAGAUGAGUCUUAUUCCACAUUAGGAAAGGUUAAUCUAUGUAUUAUCUUAAAUGAUGGUGAGAAGCAUAAAAUAAUACCCACUGAAUUUAUAGUUACUGGACCAGAUUGGCCUGAUCAAUUUCCUGAAAUACUUUUGGGCUCACCAUGGAUGCGAGAAAAUAGGGUACGCUUAAAUAUGUGUAAUUCGACACUAACAAUAGACGAUAAUUUUGUGAUCCUCCCAUAUCGAAGUCAAAUCCGGUCCAACCAAUAGUCCAGAGCAGUGAUCAUUGGUGCAGAAUCACAUUUUUUUCGAUUAAAGAU